GCGAAUCGCUCUUUAGUCGAGAGCAGAACGCGAUUCGAGAUGGACACGGAUGAGACAAAAGCUGGAACCUCGGGUCCGGGGACAUACCACGAUGAGGUCGACUUCACCAGCGGAUACGAGACUCAAUACCGCAAGGAGUACAGCCCGCUGAAACCGAUCUACGUACCGCCGCCGGAUAAAAAACAUGCCUGGUUCCGCAACUGGUCCACCAUCCUGAUGAUCAGCUUCCUGUCCGGGGUGUUUAUCCUGGGAACCGUGAUGCUGGUGGUCCAAGUUUUUACCGCCAGUCCCCUGCAGAUCUUUAUGAUCGUGGCUAUAUAUGUGGCUAUAGCCGCCGUGAUGAUUUGGCUGGAGGUGCAGUCCAUAAAAGUGCGGUGAAAUAAUACAAGUCGUGACUAAUUUGGAGCGUUAUCGCACUAACGAAAUACGUUUUAUUUUCUAACGGUGGCAAUCGAACUGUGUUGUGCAAACAAAUGCAAAGCUUAACUAAAAAGGAAGCGACUUUACUGAUUAGGCGCUAAGAACAAAAAAUCAUGAUCUAAAAUAAGUUCAAAGUAAAGAAGAAAAUCGUAAAA